AAAACAGGUGGAGUAUGGGGGGGUUGUUGAGACGGAUUGGAAGCGGAGAAAGGAGAGAGAUGGCUGUUCUGAGGAGGGAGAUGCUGUACAGAGUGGAGGUUAUGAGGGGGGAGGACGUGGAGAAAGUGGAGGAGAGAAAGGCGGACAGAGGCAAGGAGGAGGAGGAAGAGGAGGAGGAGGAGGAAGGGGAGGAGGAAGAGGAGGAGGAGGAGGAGGAGGAGGAGGAGGAGGAGGAGGAGGAGGAGGAGGAGGAGGAGGAGGAGGAGGAGGAGGAGGAGGAGGAGGAGGAGGAGGAGGAGGAGGAGGAUGAGGAGGAGGAGGAGGAUGAGGAGGAGGAGGAGGAGGAGGAGGAGGAGGAGGAGGAGGAGGAGGAGGAGGAGGAGGAGGAGGAGGAGGAGGAGGAGGAGGAGGAGGAGGAGGAGGAGGAGGAGGAGGAGGAGGAGGAGGAGGAGGGGAGGGAACGACAGAAAGCAGGAGUAAGAGAGAACGGAAGAGGAAAAAGGAGGAGGAGAAAUGCAUGCAAGGAAGUAACGGGCGAAGAAUGGGUGGCAAGAGAAGGUGGAGAGAGAGGAAAAAGAGGUGGGGGGAGGCGAGUAAGAGGAGGACGAGGGCGAAGGCACAACGAGUUGUGUACCAUACUCUGAGGCUUCUGCUAAUGGUCCAUCGAAUCCC